AAGCAUCACACGAUCCAACUCUUUCGAAGACAUCACAGUCGCUCAUUCCUCCUCGCUACAGCCAAAUCAUCACAGAGCUCAUUCAAAUCAUCGCCAUGGUGUCCAAGCUAGUACAGACAUGUAUAGCAUCAGUUGUACUGAAGACUACCGCAAACCUGGUGAUACAAUUGGUCAAUCAAAAGGGCGAGACACAUUUACCUUCCAUCGACACAUUCCGCCUCUUUCAAUUUGCGCUGUUUGGCCUAUUGUCUGCCCCUGUCAAUUCAUUCUGGCAACAAUUGCUGGAGCGCUCUUUUCCGACGCGGAAGACCCCCCAAACCAACGACGCCGAUGCGCGUGCGAGCAAGGAUACCGGCAAAGCUCUCCCUGGCCCACAAUCCCACGCAGACAUCGAAUGGGUCAAUGUCUUCACGAAGCUUGCACUAGACCAAUUGAUCGGUCUGUUCGUCAUGAACACCAUAUUUCUGAGUUGUAUGAAUAUUGGCAAUUGGUACGACCCACCUCUCGUCAUACAUGAUAUUCAACAAAAAGUCUUCUCGAUUACAAAAGCCGGAUGGAAAAUCUGGCCCAUGGUGGCCUUGACAAACUUCAUUUUUGUACCUACGGAUAUGCGCGUAAUUGUAGCUUCGUGUGUAGGAUUUGGUUGGAACAUGUUUUUGAGCCUGUUCUGAAGAGCGUGAUGGUGGCUAUGAUUCAAUAGUUCGAUCCCGAUUAAAAUUGAAAAUAGAUGAGCAAGUGCCUCAGCAGGUUCGUGCCAUAAUCUCCGCACCUGUGUCACAAGCUUUGACAUUGGCUCAAGUGUUUGAUUGUAUCUCUGUAAUCUCUAUAGUACUUUGAAAAAACAUGUACCUAC